ACAGAAAAAAGCAAAACACCUCAGGAUAGAAUGCCUCAUGUUUCGAAAAGCAAUUUGAAAAAUCUGCAAACAGAUUUUUACCAGUUUGACGCAAACAACAUGAAGUGCAUUUACAACUGAGUUUCAAACCUCUACAAUUGAUUUUUCACGGCGUGAGUUAAUAAUAGCAUUUCAUAUGACAACUUUUGGCAGUAGCGCUUAUCCCUUCCUAUGUUUUUGACAGGAGUAAUUUCCGCAAAAGUUAUCUGAAAGGGUGGUUUAUUUACAUUUACAUCAAAAGUAAUUUGGGGACUUCCGAAAUUUAAUUAAAAAGAAGGAUUAAGGUAAUAUUACGACACAAUAGCAGUGUAGGUUUGCAAAAUUUCCGCUUGCAAUCAAAUCUAAGCCCGUUCACAGUUUUGCUGAUUUCUGAAAAAAAAAUCGAUCUAGUAACUGAAAAUAAAUUGAAAAUAUGUGCCAUCGGAAGAAAUUAUUAAUUUUUAGUAGAAAGUAGAAUGCCCUUAUUCGGAGAUUUGUAAUCUUAUUAAGAAUCUAUGAUGCAUUGAAUAAUUUACGCACACCUCAAGAUCACUUAAAAAGAUGUUACUAGUACACCAUUAUCUUUCAGCGGAAGGGUUAGGUUUGCUGCUAGGUAAAGUUUCCGCCUCUCUUUUAAUGGGAAAAAAAUUGGAGCUUAUAUCGGUAACCGCUUCGUUAACACGUGAAUGUAGUAAAGGCAACUCCGCAAAAUCGUUUUACAAGAAAGAAACGUCGCAUCCAUUGCAAACAAUUCCAAUAUUUUCAUAGUUCAGGCAAACAGUCUUUUUUUCUGUCUGUGUUGUUUGUCUCUAUCUUAAUUUACUUUAAUCUGACUGUUGCAGAAGAUGUUACAGAGAUUGUAAUCGACGGGUCGAGUUAAGAACUUUCUGCAUUGUACAAAAAAUAGAAAAACAUGUUUCCUAGUUACCGAACAAUUUAAAGGUGCCUUAUCUUUAUAGAGUUUCACAGAGAUUUUGGGUGCUCUUACGCCUGUGUCAUGAACUAUAUCUCAAGUUUUCUAUUAAAUAUUUUUAUCUUUAUUUUGUAUGCCGAACGAAGGGAAGCUCUUUUUUAAAUGUAUAAAUUUGUUAAUAUAUCUUGCACUUUCCCCUGUUGUGCUAUGAACAUACAGCAUCCGGUCUGAAUAUGUUUUCAACCGAUUUCAAGGAGGUUUUUUCACCUAGUGCUGAGUCUCUUUAAUUUCCUGUAGAGCAGUUAUGGUUCUUGCAGAUUUUACUGGUUUUUAAAGCAAGAAAUUGCUCAUACGUUCAACUGGAAAAUAGCUUAUGAAAGCUUAUAUUCUUUUUCGGUCAAAAAGAAGCCAUACUUCCAUCAUGUCAUCGAUGUGGUUUUGAACAUGGCCAUGCAUUUAUGUUUUGAAUAAUUAACAGACAAAGUAAUCUUAAAGUCUAAUUGCUUUAAAAUUAAUUUGCUUUGGACAAAUUUUGUUCGUGCGUUAGAUGAUCUGAAACGGAGGAAUAAAUGGUUGUGUACAAUAAGUUCACGCCUGAAGGAGUCUUUAGGUGAAAAACGUUGCUCGGGUGUCAAUUACAAAAUCCAGUGGUGUCCAAUUAAUAAAUUUAACUAUUUAAACGUUCGCGCAGGCUUUUUUCUUUCAAUCUAAUUCAACUGCCGCUGCAACCAACACAUAUUAGGUUUUCCAUAUACAGUAGAUCCUCUCGGAAAAUACCCGCAGACUGCACCCAGCUUUUUGGAAUACUGGCCAACGUUUUCGCAACAGCGCCAUACCAAGGAAAAUCGUAAAUAUACGCGAACUGACGCACUCUUCGCUAGUUUGACAAGCUCUUAGAAAAAUAUAUAUCGUCGAAAAACAACACAGGCAGAGACAAGUUGGUGUUUCUCCAGCCAAAGACAACUGCAUUUCUAUCCAGAGAGUGAUCAAAGUCUUAUAUGACAGCAUACAAAAGUAAUUGAAAUCGAAGAGAAACAAAUUUAAAGAUUUUCACCUGAAAAGCAUUGGUCCUAGUGUAUUCCUAUAUAUUAAGACGAAUUGGUAACAGCGAAUUACAGAUCACAGACCUAUACCCCAUGAAUGAGACAACUGAUCAAGACAACAAGACAGUCGGGUUUCGCGGCAAAGAGGUAGCAAUCGUUCUUCUUAUCCGCUCUCGCAAAGAAGUUCCACUAUCAUUUUCAACUGUUCUGUCAAUAGUCAUGUUUUUAGUUGUGUUGGGAGUCAUUCUGAAUGGAGCCAUUUGCUUUGUCAUGCUUCGUGAAAAGCGCUUCAAGAAAAACACUUCAAACUUCUUCAUUUUGCAUCUGUCAGUGACGGAACUUGUUAUACGCCUUCUUAUCGGCCCGAUUGUUGUGUAUUCGUUGGUUACAACAUCAAAAAUUGAAAGCAUCCAAUGCAAAUUUCUAUCACUGUUUUUCAACACCUUCGGUUCAGCCACAUUUAUAAGUUUAGCUGCUAUAGCGACUGAUAGAUAUCAAAACAUCGUCUAUCCCAUGAAAGCCUUGAAGUCUAGGAGAAAGACUUUUCAUCUGGUUUUUAUCGUUUGGUUGUACGCUAUCAUAGUCUCAAUUCCCGGUGUAGUGAACAUGAGAAGUAUAUCUAUCAGCGAACUUCCAGAAGCUGACGGAAUGGAUUGUAAAACUUGCUCUAACAAGAGGAUUUGCGACAUGCCACAAAAUGCCAUUGGCCAGGUAUCCACAACGUCGUAUUUUGUAUCUGCUUUUCUUAUUCCACUGACAUUGAUUUUUGUGCUAUACACAAAGAUUGUUAUUGUCUUGCACCAAAGACGAAACAAUGGGAUGAUGCAUAAAGUGGCGGCAAGAUCAAAGUCCAAAGCAGUCCGCAUGCUUGUCUUAGCGGUAAUUGGAUAUGCUUUGUCGCUAGGACCAGGAGCUCUCCUCGCCAUGUUGAGGUCUUAUGGAAAUCUCAACAAUACCUCGUUUUACCAAAAGUUCGCAGUCAGUUGGAUUGUCGAAAUUGUACAACUCACAAGUUCACUCGGAAAUCCUAUAAUCUAUGCAUACUAUAACGGAGACUUCAGAAAGGAACUUUUGAAGCUGUUUUGCAGAAAAAAAAGCGCCUGCUCCUUCUGUGAGUUUACAAAGUCGUGCAGGUAGUAGCCUUUACGCGGAGAAUCGAUGAAAAGUAUCGUGAAACUUAAAAAUAACAAAUUGAAGACACGCAGAUAGCUUGAGGCCUCAAAGGCGUGACACUGUAGAUAUUUAGAACGAACUCAAAUUUAUAUAGGAGCGCUGAUUGGUUUAUAAUCGUGUUUCUAUUUAAUCUGAUUGUUUUAGUAGAAUUCUAACUGGAAUAAAC